AUGUAUUAUUCAGUGAGUGUGAAUCUAUCGAAGAACGCGCGGCAAAUUCAAAAUGAAACUGAAAAUGAGCAAGCGAAGAGCUCAUUUGCAUCGAAACUUUUAGAGCUUCCGGUCUCAAAGUUAUUACAGAAAUGUAGAUCAUCUACGAUUACUGUAGAUGAUCUACCCAUUCUUGAAGAAAAACAAUGUUCAAACCGAGUUAUGAGUGGAUUUAAAUGGAAGAAACGAGUAAUUUUCUCAAUUCUAAUGAAAUUCUGGAAGUCUUUCGCUGGAGCAUUCGCCUUCAGAAUGUGUGCCAUUUUUGCCGAUUACGCCUCCAUUUUGCUUCUCAAAUAUCUGAUUGAUUCUGCAGAAAUCUCUGCAACUUUAUUCAAUUUUUUCAUUAUCGCUGUGCUGAUUCUAUUCUUCAUGCAGCUGAAAUCUUUACUCCUUGGUGUUCACACGUAUCUUGUUGGAGAAGACAGCGUGGAAAUGGUUACCGUUUUGAACAAUAUUAUAGUGAAAAAGGCUCUUCAUCUAACAUCCGAGAACACCGACUGGAACAGAUCGAAGAUUUCAAAACUUCUGACAACACAUUCAGAAGCCGUCUCAAACGGUCUUGCAUAUGUUCAUCACUCGUGUUCGGCUCUAAUCGAGCUCACAAUUGCAUUGUUUUGGAUCUGGGAAACACUUGGAACUCGUACAAUCAUCGUCGUUUUGAUUGUUGCACUGGUUUAUGCCGUUUUCAAUAUAAUUGACUCGUAUGUCUACAAAAAGAGCUUGAAAGUGCAACUCAAAUGCCGUGAUGAACGUGUGGAAUUUGAGAAAACUGUGUUAAAUUCAAUGGAAACCAUCAAAAUGUUCUCGUGGGAACCUCAUUUUUGGAAGAAGUUAAAGUCUAUGAGAGGGAAAGAGCUAUCUGUGUUCCGAAAAACUCUUUCUAUCAACAGCUUCAUGCAUUCUCUGAAUGUCACAUCUCCUUUCGUUAUUACUUUUGUGAGUUUCGCAGUUUACGGACUUCAAUAUGAAAUCAGUGCUCUUCGUUUUGAAGAUGCAUUUGUUUUAAUUGCAAUUUUCAACUAUAUGAGAAGACCGUUGCAUGUCAUUAUUCCAUCUCUGGAAAUUGUUGAUAAAGCUCUACAUUCUGCAACCAUCAUCAACCAAUUCCUCAUUGUGAAACAAUCUCCAAAAAUUAACACCAAAACUGCACCCCAACCUCCUGUUGAACCAGAUUUGGAUAUCAAAAUCUUGAACGCCAAUUUCUCAUGGAACGGAAAAGAUGAUACAUUGAAUGAUGUAUGUGUUCAUGUGAAGAAAGGAGAAAAACAUGCGUUCAUCGGAUUCCCCUUAUGCGGAAAAUCGUCACUGUUGUUUUCAAUCACUGGAGAGUUGAAAAUGACAAAAGGAAAUAUGUGGGUCUCGAAGGGAAUUUCAUUUGCUCCUGCAAGUCCAUACAUAUUCUCUCAGUCACUGAAGGAAAACAUUUUAUUUGGAAAUGACUAUGUGAAAUCCAAAUAUGAUAAGGUAAUCAUGGCUUGUGACCUGAAGAAAGAUAUAUUUUCUCUACCGAGAUGUGAAGCUACAGUUCUAGGAGAUAAGGGAUAUGUGUUAACUUCAACUCAAAAAGCUCAAAUAUCUCUGGCGAGAUGUCUCUACGAGGAUGCUGAUAUUUAUGCUUUAGACAAAGCAUUUGGGCCAAUGGAUCGGACGACUUCAAAUAAAAUUUUUACAAGAGUUCUUGGUGAGAAUGGUUAUCUACGUGAUAAAACAGUUAUCCUGGCUACAAAUAACAUUGAACUGAUCAAAACUUUCACGAUGGUUCAUGUAUUGAAAAAUGGGAAAAUUGAAACAAGCGGAAGUUAUGAUCAAAUCCUGGAGUGUAGUGAAAUUAUGAGUGAUCUUUUGAAUCAGAGCCGGAUUGAUAAAAUCAUUGAGGAAAAGUAUUCAGAUGAAAAACCACCGAGAAAAACUGUAAUGUUUGAUGACAAAGUAUUGAAAAAACGAAAAAAGAAGCAAUCAAUGGAAGAUACAGCUCCAGUAUUUGAGAAUAGAAGUGUUUAUCCAUUCUACUUCCGUAGUGGAUCCUUCAUAUUCACAGCUUUUUACAUCGUUUUACUGAUUUGUCGAUUCGUCUUCCAGGCGCUUGCCUUCUUUUGGCUCUCUUUCUGGUUGGACCCAGUGUGGAAAAAAGUGGAAUGUGAAAAUUGUCCACAAUACGUGUUCAUUCAAACAAUGUCAUUUUUUGCGAUUUCAGCUAUAAUAUCCACAAUGUUGUCAUACACAUUCUUCGUUCUAACAAAUGUUCAGACUUCGAGAAAGCUUUAUCAACAUAUUACAAGUGCGAUUUUUGCGGUGCCAAUGAUAUUUUUAUCGCCGACCAACAAAGAGUCGUUGAUGAAUAUGAUCACAUCUGAUCUUGACAUUGUGGACACCCAGUUUCCUCUAUUUUUCAAAUUCUCAUUUGAAUGCACCCUCCACAUUCUUAUGAUAUUCGCUAUAGUCUGUGUGAAUGUGCCAGUUUUUGCGAUUUUCGUGGUGGCAUUCUUGAUAUUCCUUGUCGGACUACUUCGGUAUUUCCUGCCAGCUCUUCACAAAAUUUCGAGCCUCGAGGAACAAAAACGAGACUUAUUUCUGUGCGGGUCUAUUGAAGAUUUUGAAGCAAGAAUUAUGGUGCGAACGUUUGGAAAGACACGCCAAACGCUUGCAAAAACUAGUGUGAAUGCAGAUAUACUGACGAGAUGCCGAAUGGCAAGAUAUUCAACUCUCAGAUGGAUUUCUCUUCGAACUGAGUUCAUCUCAAAUCUCAUGAUUUGUAUGUGUUUCUUCAUCGCAUCAAUUUGUUUGAAAGUGGAUUACAUUGGAAAUGCACAAUUCGCUCUUUCAGUUGCAUCAAUUCUAUGUAUUAGCGAACUUGUUUCAACAUUCAUCCGAACCACGUGCAUCCUUGAAUCUCUAACUCCACACGUUCAACGUAUCAGCAAUGUGAGAGAAUAUCCAAAAGAGCCCAUGAUUGAUAAAUGCACCAUCCGAGACUCUUGGCCGGACGACGGAAAAAUUGAAAUCAAAAACUUGAAUGUAUUCGCCAACAAGUACAGACACGUCAUUAAAGAUGUCUCCUUGGUAAUAGAAGAACGAGAGAAACUGGGAAUUAUCGGUAAAGUUGGAUCGGGAAAAUCUCAACUGGCAAAGACAUUGGUCAUGAUGAGCUCAGCAGACAAAGAGAGCCAUAUCGUUGUAGAUGAUUUGGACAUUUUCGAGAUGAGUGUAAAAACUUUGAGAUCAAGGAUCACAGUUAUACCACAGAAAGCAAAAAUAUUCUCGGACACUCUCCGUAGCAACAUUGACCCAUGUUGCCAGUUUGCUGAUAGUGAUAUUUGGUUGGCAAUUGAGGCAUGUCAACUCAGAGAAUAUGUGAAAAGUCUACCGGAUGGUUUGCAUCAAAUGGUGUCUCCUGAAAAAAUGAGUAAUGAGCAGAAAUGUCAGGUGAAUGUUUGCCGAGCACUUCUAAAAGGUGGUCAGAUCUUUGUGAUUGAUCAAUCGACGAAGAUGAUGAAAGAACCAAUCAAGUCUUUGGUGAAUGAGGCAAUAAGAAAUAGUUUGAAACAAAGUACUACAAUUUGGAUUGGUGAAGACUUUUCCGAUGUUGAACAUUGUGAUAGAGUCGUUGUAAUUGAGAAUGGUGUAAUUCUCACAACGGACACUCCACAAAACUUGAUUUCGGAAUUCGGAUCCCUUCAAAAAUGCCUUUUGAACUUUUCGAAAUGAUGUUUAAAGUUGUUUUAUUUUUUUUACCAUUUAUUAAUUAACAAUAAUUUACCUAAUCUUUCUUAUUUUUUGGGCUACUCGUAAUAAUACUAAUGUUUGAAAUUCGAAGAACAAUAAAAAUUAAAACUGGGAUCGAA